UGCGGUCAGCAGUACUAGAUUUCACUGUCGAAACUGGAUCUGAAUUUCGUAAAUUCGUAAAUUUGUCAAUUCGUAUUUCGAUUCAGGAAAAUGGUUUGUGGUCCAAAGUGUUCUUUUUUCUGCCUGUUCAUCAGUGCGUGGGCAGUGAUUCAGCUGACCCUCAUGGGGAUAUUCUUUCUCCUGAAUUCGAUGGCGCUGAUCGAUGAUCUGCCCCUGACGCCGAUUUUCCAUAGUCUGGAGGAUUUCAGAGCCCAUGCCGAUGUAACCUAUCAGGUGGUGGCCAUCCGCUGUUUUGUCACCGCCUUGCUCUACCUCUGCUUUGGGAUCCUCUCGAUCUGCUGCAUUAAACGGAACAGAGCCAAGGAGCGGCGUGCCUUGGAGUCCUCGCUGCAGCGUUGAAUAAAUUAUUUUGUAUAUUGUUUUCUUUAUAAUUGGCCAUCUGGCAGUGCCACCCAUUAACCCACACCCACACCCUCGCACUCACCCACUGAGUGGGAGUCCAGCCACAGCCACUGGCACUGCCACCCACUUGUUAAACCAGAACCAAAACAAGUUUGUUGACCGCA